AUGAUUACAAACUUUGAUAAACUUUGUACAGAAUUGGAAAAACAGGAACUAGAGGCGCCAACAGGAGUAGCGUCGCCUUCUACCUAUGCACAGCUUCUUGCCAUAUAUUUAUAUCAAAAUGACCUGUGCAAUGCAAAAUUUCUAUGGAAAAGAAUACCUCAAAACAUCACAAGCAGCAACACAGAAUUAGGAGCCAUAUGGGCUAUCGGACAAAAGUUGUGGAAAAAAGAUUUGGCUGGCAUGUACCAUGCCAUAGCUGCAUACAAUUGGUCCGAACCUGAAGUAGCAAACAUCAUUAGAGCUUUAGAAGAAAAAGUACGAGAGAGGGCCUUCAAUUUAAUUGGAAGUUCAUACAGCUCCAUAUCAUUGGACACGGUAGUUUCCAUGACCGGUCUGAGCCGCGAGGCUGUGCUGCACGCCUGCCGCGAUCGCAAGUGGGCGAUAAAAGACGAUGGAGUUACUGUCAACCCUGUACCACCCACGCAACCCGCGCCACUCCAUACCUCAAGUGAAGACCAACUAUUCAAGCUAACAGAUUUUGUCUCCUUCUUAGAAAACUAA